AUGUCACUUGUAGCAGUGCCUUUCUACCAGAAAAGACACAAACACUAUGACCAGUCAUAUCGUAAUAUUCAAGCAAGGUACCUUCUGAAUGAAUAUGCAGCGAAAAAGCGUGCUUCAAUUCAGUCGUCCACUCAAAAGUCUUUUACUGAGAAGUCAUCUGCCCAGAGAGCAUCCAGCCAGACAUCUGUUGGAAAAACAACUUGCAGGCUUUGUGCAAAAAGGAUAAACACUUCAUCUGAAGAGGAAGAGCAUGAAAACAAAAGAAGGUACAGAUCACUGAUAGCAGCUUACGGAGAAGCAAAGCGGGAGCGUUUUCUCAGAGAACUGGAUCAGCUAGAAGAAGACGUUCGCCUGGCGCGUUCAUUUGCUCAGGAUAAGCUGGACAAAUAUGCUAUUCAACAGAUGAUGGAAGAUAAGCUGGCCUGGGAAAGGCCUUCACAUGAAGAGCGGAUAAUCAGAGCCCCAGAGAUUUUGGUGAGACUGAGGUCCCACACUGUCUGGGAAAAGAUGUCUGUGAAGCUUUGUUUUACUGUUCAAGGAUUUCCUACGCCCGUGGUACAAUGGUAUAAAGAUGGUAGCUUGAUUUGCCAAGCAGGUGAGCCGGGAAAGUAUCGAAUUGAGAGCAAGUAUGGCGUGCACACACUGGAGAUAAACAGGGCAGACUUUGAUGAUACUGCAACAUACACGGCCGUGGCAACGAAUGCCCACGGACAGGUGUCCACCAAUGCUGCGGUGCUUGUGAGAAGAUUUAGAGAUGAGGAGCCGUUCCACUCUGUGAGACUACCAAUUGGAUUGCCCUUCUCGUCUGUGAUUCCGUAUACCCACUUUGAUGUUCAGUUUUUGGAGAAAUUCGGGGUCACCUUUAGGAGAGAAGGCGAAACUCUGACCCUCAAGUGUACUCUCUUGAUUACUCCAGAGCUGAAAAGAGUGCAGCCGAGAGCCGAGUGGUACAGAGACGAUGUGCUACUGAAAGAAUCGAAGUGGACCAAGAUGUUCUUUGGGGAAGGCCAGGCCUCCUUGUCAUUCAGCCACCUGAAUAAGGAUGACGAGGGCCUCUAUACCUUGAGAAUCGUUUCAAGAGGCGGCGUGACUGACCACAGCGCCUUUCUGUUUGUUAGAGAUGCUGACCCAUUGGUCACAGGGGCUCCAGGAGCGCCUAUGGAUUUGCAGUGCCAUGAUGCAAACCGAGAUUACGUCAUCGUGACGUGGAAGCCUCCCAACACAACCAUCGAGAGUCCUGUCAUUGGCUAUUUCAUCGACAGGUGUGAAGUAGGAACUAACAAUUGGGUUCAGUGCAAUGAUGCCCCAGUCAAAAUCUGCAAAUACCCGGUGACUGGACUUUUUGAAGGCAGAUCAUACAUAUUCCGGGUGCGGGCGGUCAAUAGCGCAGGCAUUAGCAGACCUUCUAGGGUCUCUGAAGCUGUGGCUGCUCUUGACCCUGUUGACCUGAGAAGGUUACAAGCAGUUCAUCUGGAGGGAGAUAAAGAAAUUGUGACUUAUCAGGAGGAAGACCUUGAAGGCGAUGUUGAGAUUCCAGGACCUCCCACCAACGUACAUGCUUCGGAAAUCAGUAAAACAUAUGUUGUACUCAGCUGGGACCCACCUGUUCCCCGUGGCAAGGAGCCCUUGAUGUAUUUCAUUGAGAAGUCCGUGGUUGGGAGUGGGAGCUGGCAGCGGGUAAAUGCCCAGACGGCCGUGAGAUCUCCUCGGUAUGCAGUGUUUGAUCUCGCUGAAGGGAAGUCUUACGUGUUUCGAGUUUUGUCAGCAAAUAAGCAUGGCCUGAGUGAACCAUCAGAAAUGACUCCUCCCAUUCAAGCACAGGACACAAUUGUUGUUCCUUCCGCUCCUGGUCGGGUACUUGCCUCAAGAAAUACGAAGACAUCGGUUGUGGUGCAAUGGGACAGUCCAAAACAUGAAGAGGACCUACUGGGUUACUACGUGGACUGCUGCGUCGCAGGAACCAACAACUGGGAACCGUGUAAUCAUAAGCCCGUUGGUUACAACAGGUUCAUUGUACAUGGCUUAACGACUGGAGAGCAAUACGUCUUCCGAGUGAAAGCAGUUAAUGCCGUUGGGACGAGUGAAAAUUCACAGGAGUCUGACAUCAUAAAAGUCCAGGCUGCCCUCACUGUUCCAUCUCAUCCUUAUGGAAUUACACUGCUGAACUGUGACGGUCAUUCUAUGACCCUGGGUUGGAAGGUGCCUAAAUUCAGUGGUGGUGCACCGAUUCUUGGUUAUUACAUAGACAAGCGUGAAGCGCACCAUAAAAAUUGGCACGAAGUCAAUUCCUCGCCUACUAAAGAGAGAAUCUUUACGGUGGACGGCUUGACAGAAGGCUCAUUAUAUGAGUUCAAAAUUGCUGCAGCCAACCUGGCCGGGAUAGGGCAGCCAUCGGACCCCAGCGAGCACUUCAAAUGUGAAGCUUGGACCAUGCCAGAGCCUGGUCCCGCCUAUGAUUUGACGUUCUGUGAGGUCAGGAACACAUCCCUGGUCAUGCUCUGGAAAGCCCCAGUGUAUUCUGGCAGCAGUCCUGUUUCUGGAUAUUUUGUGGAUUAUAAGGAAGUGGGUACGGAAGAAUGGAUCACAGUAAAUGAGAAGACAACUGCAAAUCGUUAUUUAAAGGUCUGUGACCUGCACCAAGGGAAAACCUAUGUCUUCAGAGUCCGGGCAGUGAACGCAAGUGGAGUGGGGAAGCCGUCCGACGCCUCUGAACCUGUGCUAGUAGAGGCAAGACCAGGCACAAAGGAGAUCGGUGCCGGUGUGGAUGAAGAAGGCAACAUCUACCUAAGCUUUGACUGUCAAGAGAUGACAGAUGCCUCUCACUUCACUUGGUGCAAAUCCUACGAGGAGAUUACAGAUUCAGACAAAUUUAAAAUCGACACUGUUGGAGAUCAUUCAAAACUGUACUUUAAGAAUCCAGAUAAAACAGACGUAGGAACUUACUCUGUGUCGGUCAGUGAUACAGAUGGCGUGUCCUCCAGCUUCGCUUUGGAUGGAGAAGAGCUUGAACGCUUGAUGGCACUGAGCAACGAAAUAAAAAAUCCCACAAUUCCUCUGAAAUCAGAAUUAGCUUAUGAGAUUUUUGAUAAGGGCCAGGUCCGCUUCUGGCUGCAAGCUGAGCACUUAUCACCCGAUGCCAGCUUCAGAUUUAUUAUUAAUGACAGAGAAGUCUCUGACAGUGAGAAACACAGAAUUAAAUGUGAUAAAUCAACUGGACUUAUUGAGAUGGUAAUGGAUCGAUUUACUUCUGAAAAUGAAGGUACUUACACUGUUCAGCUUCAUGACGGAAAAGCCAAAAAUCAAUCUUCUCUGGUUCUUAUUGGAGAUGCAUUCAAGGCUAUCCUAGAGGAGGCUGAAUUUCAGAGAAAAGAAUUUCUCAGGAAACAAGGUCCUCAUUUUGUUGAGUUUUUACACUGGGAUGUUACAGAAGACUGUGAUGUCCGGCUUGUGUGUAAGGUUGCAAACACCAAGAAAGAAACGGUUUUCAAAUGGCUAAAGGAUGAUGCUCUGUGUGAAAGAGAAAAGCUGCCUGAUCUAGAGAAGGGAGUCUGUGAGCUACUCAUCCCCAAGUUGUCAAAGAAGGACCAAGGUGAAUACAAAGCUACCUUGAAAGAUGAGAGAGGUCAUGAUGUAUCUGUCCUUGAAAUAGCUGGCAAAGUGUAUGAUGAUAUGAUUUUGGCAAUGAGUAGAGUCUGCGGAAAAUCUGCUUCUCCACUAAAGGUACUGUGUACCCCUGAAGGAAUAAGACUUCAGUGUUCCAUGAAAUAUUUUACAGAAGAAAUGAAAGCAAACUGGUAUCACAAAGAUGCUAAGAUUCCAUCUAGUGAGCAUAUGAGAAUUGGUGGGAGUAAAGAUAUGGCCUGGCUGCAGAUCUGUGAGCCUACUGAGAAGGAUAAAGGGAAAUAUACUUUUGAGAUUUUUGAUGGCAAGGGUAACCAUCAACGCACACUUGACCUGUCUGGACAAGCUUUUGAGGACGCAUUUGGAGAAUUCCAGCAACUCAAGGCAGCUGCUUUUGCAGAGAAGAAUCGUGGCAAGGUGAUUGGUGGUUUACCUGAUGUGGUGACCAUAAUGGAAGGCAAGACCUUGAAUCUGACCUGCACAGUGUUUGGGAAUCCUGACCCUGAAGUGGUCUGGUUCAAGAAUGAAAAGACCCUUGAGCUCAGCGACCACUUUAUAGUCAAGGUGGAGCAGGCCAAAUAUGUCAGCCUGACUAUCAAAGGCGUCACUUCCGAGGACUCAGGGACUUACAGCAUCAGUGUCCAGAACAAAUAUGGAGGUGAAAAAAUCGACCUCACUAUCAGUGUGUACAAACACGGUGAAGAGAUACCAGAUGUGUUACCAGCCCAGCAAGCCAAGCCAAAGCUCAUACCAGCAACUGCCUCAGCACCAGCUAAAUAAAAGAACUACCUGGAUAUGGAAAAAAAAAAAAAAAAAAGCUUGCAAAUCAUCGGAAUGCUGUGUGCUUAUUCCAAAUGAAUAACAAUUAUCUGAGUGAAGUCAGGUGUAGGUAGAUGAUUGGUCAUGCAGUAUGCUUUUGAUUUUUGUACUUGUUUAUUAUUUUAUGUUCAUCUAAGAGGAAAAUCAAAUGCUUUCCACAAGGCUAAACAACUUAUGUUUACAUAAGACUGAUUAGCAGAUGCCUGAAACAGGGUAUGUAGAAAAGUGACAGUUUAUAUGUUCAUUGCUUCUAGAACAUAGAAGUGAUAACCAGUUCAUGAGCAGCGUGUGGAGGUUCUAUACAAAGCCAUUGUCCAUACCUGUAGCUGUGUUCUUUGGUGGCCGGAAAGCUCUAGUAGAUCUUUGCAGUCACGGUGGUGGAGCCAUUUAAGCAUGUGUGCCUGGUUACACUCUGUAUUCUCUUGCUUUAGGCUAAUAAAAUUUUAAAAGGCACUUUGUUGUGGUUCUCCUGUACCAAAUCAUACCUAACUACUUCUGUUUGCUCUCCUGGCUUGUUUAAUUAUGGAUUAUUGUGCAAUUUCACAGCUGGUGGUACACAGGCAUCGUGCUUCCAGUCCAGAGAGCCAGACAGGGUAAAUCACACCCAUUGUAGAACUCCCUCAAACAGUUUUACUCUUCAGGGCUUGGUGACAAGGCGAUGGAAAUGGAUCCAGAGGGGAACCUGCACUGUCAUAAUUCCUAAGAAAGUAUGGAUUAUUGUGCAAGGCAUAGAAAUGUUAAGUGGUUACCAUACUGCAAAUCUAAAAAUCUCUGCAGAGAAAACUAAAAUGUGUAGAAGACUAUAUUUUUUUGUAGUGUGCUAAUUAAUUAAUAAGGGAUUUCAAAAGAAAGAAAAUACUCAUUUGAAAUGAUCACUGUAGUAGCCAUGAUUCUUGUUAUUAGGCAUUGUCACGUCAGUUCUGACUCAGCAACCCU